AUGCAGGUUCUAAGCGAGACAGAUAAGCCAGAUUAUUUUGAAAACAAAAUUAUUCAAAGCAUUAUCAAGUUUAAAUGGAAUAGCUAUACAAAAUCAUUUUAUUAGAACAGAUUCUAUAUUUACUUGAUAUUUAUGACUUCUUUUAUCAUCGAUAUCUUCUAUUCAACCUAUGCCAGCUAAAAAGAAUAAGCUUCUGAUACUGAAAUUUAGAAACCUAAUAAAUUAGUCUAUAUUUUGUUUAAGAUUUCAACAAAAAUAAUAUGCAGUAUGGUACUUUUCUUUUUCUUAAUUUAUGAGAUAAAACAAAUUAAAGUUUAAAAGAAAGAUUACCUAUAUGAUGGAUGGAACUAUUUUGAUUUUUCACACAUCAUUGCUUAUACAGCAUUUUGUAUUUUAGAGUUCACAAAUGAGGACCAAGAUUUCCUAAUCUUGAUUAAAAUUCUAGUGAUCGUAUUAUCCUUUAUGAAGUUAUUCUUCUUUUUGAGAAUUUAUGAUGGCUUUAGUUUUUUAAUAUAAAUGAUGGCUAGUGUUUUUAAGGACCUUAAAUACUUCUUGAUAUUUUUCAUUAUAUUCAUCUUACAGUUUGGCAUGAUUUUCUUAGUCCUUUUCAAGGCUUAAUAAAUCGAUGAAUAUAACGGUGUAAAUAAAUUGGCUUAUUUUUUAAUGGCUUUUAGAAUAUCUUCUGGUGACUUUUAACUGGAUGAUUACCAUACCUAAGAAGAUGGUUUAGUUAUUUUUACAUGGAUUAUCUGGGUGUUGGCAGUAAUUACUUUGAAUAUAGUUUUCAUGAACUUUAUAAUUGCAGUGAUCUCAGAGUCUUAUGAAAGAGUUAUGUAGAAAUUAGUCGCCGAAUCAUAUAGAGUAAAAGCUAAUAUGAUAGUAGAAAGAGAAUAAUUUUUCACUAAAUCUGAUUUGGAAAGUUUAAAAUACUUCCCUAAUUAUAUAGUUGUGAGAAGACCAAUAAACACAGAGUCUAAUGAUAGUGGAGAUUGGCAAGGAUUUAUCAAAGAUCUAAAAUAUACCAUCAGAACAACAACAGCAAAAUCAAAGGCAGAUAUCAUCCAAAAUCUACAAUCAGUUAAAACUUAAAAUCAAGAGAAUAAGCAGUAGCUUGAUGUACUCAUUAAUCAGAACUCUUAGCAUCUUAAUUCAAAUGAAGGACUUGAUGAAAAAAUAUCAAAGAUGCUUUAGUAGACACUUGACCAAGCUUUGCAGAACAGCAAUAAUGAUUUCAAGCAAAUAAAAACAGAAGUAAAUGGACUUGAUGUUCAGUCUAAAAGUCUAGAAAUAAAAGUUGAUGGACUUGUUUCCUAAGUCCUUAGAAUUUAAGAUGACAUGGAUUUUAUUAAGAACUCCAUGACUUAGAUGCUAAAAAAUUACAAUCAGUGA